UUGCUCCAAGCCUUUCCUGACUUAAUAUCAAUGUUGUUCUUUCUCGGUCGGCUGUGGACAGGAAGCGAGUUAAUUAGGAAUGAAACGUCAUUUUCUAUGACAUUUACCACGAAAUGUCGUCAUUUUGGAAGAAAUUUCGUGGAGCUGGGGGAGGGAGUCCAAACCAUGUGGGCCCUCACCACAUGAGAGAAAUCCCUCCACAGCUUCUACAACAGGGUGCUGCCUCCUCUGUGUGGCAAGGUCCUGAUGCCUCUACAACCCACCCACCCCACGGCACCCCCUCCUCGACACACCUCAUCACUCAAGCUGACGAACAACUGUUUAUGGGUGAUUUUGGACGAGAAAGAGUAGAUCCUCUUCUCAUUCAGUCACAGUUUGUAAAGACUGUGGAGGACAUUCUUAAUAGUCCCUCAACUUUACCAUACUUCCUUCAGUUUCUACAAGGUUGGGGAGCAGAUAAGUAUGCACGGUUUUGGUUGGAAGCCAAAAGCUUCAGAGCUGCAGCUGUGACACGCAUUAACAAUCAGGACCUGAAAGAGUCAUGUGAUAAUCCCGCUUCCAUGAUUGGUGAUAUAACUGUUAAAUUUAAUGAAGAAAAUGAUAAAUAUCUUGAAAUGGAUCAGAGAAUACCACUUGACAAAAAUAGUGAACUCAGUAAUACACAAUCACAUGAAAAAAGAAAGACAGACUCCUCCAAGGACAAAGGUUUAGUACUACCAGAUCUAGUUAGCAGUAUUAAAAAUGCCAGAGACGUUACUCCCCUCAACACUCCCGACGGUAGCACCUCUAAUGUGUUAACUUGCCAGACUCGAACUUCUCAACAAGAACCAGUUAGUGUUAGAGAAAAAGAAUUUACGAUAGUUCCACAAAAGGAUAUAGAAUUAAAACACGGCCACAGUGCACCACGGGACAGAAGUGCGGAUGAGAGAAAUGUCUCUACUCCAAGUGCCUCAAAUUGCCUCAGAGAUAACAACCUGAGACAGAACAUAGCAGACGAUGCCAUGAGAAUAUUCAACAAAUACCUAACAAAGGAAGCUGAACACUCAGUUGGAGUAAAUGUUGCCACUGUAGGUAACAUACUAAAAAAAAUUUCUGUUGUACAGGAAGAUAUAGAUCCCAGCUGUUUCAUGCCUGCUCAGAAGAUAGUGUUCAAUGCCCUGGAACAAGAGUUUUUGCCCAAGUUCCUGGCAAGUGACUACUACCUCAAACACCAAAUUGAUGUGCUCACCAGUGGCUCAGUGAGACUGGCAGACAUACUCUAUAGUGAUUCAGCUUUUCCUUAUUUUAUGGAGUACGUGGAACAGGAGGGUGGACGGAGCAUAUUACAGUUUUGGGUGGCGGCGUCAAACUUUCGGCAACAGCUGAUGGAGCAAGCGGAUAUUUCUGACCCAAAGCAGGCACAAGCCGACGCCAUGAUCCUGUAUGAUAAAUACUUCUCCCUUCAAGCAAUGUGUCCUUUAGGGUUCAGUGAUAGGUUAAGGUUUAUUGUGGAAGGAAACAUCUGUCGUGAGGAAGGACCACUACCUUCCUGCUUUGAUCUGCCUCUUAGAGUGGUACUACAUAGAUUAGAGAGGGAUUUCUUGGUGGGAUAUUUGUCCUCCAAUCUUCACAUCAAGUACCUGAGUGAAUUGAUCAACACUGUCAAAACCAGCGUGGAACUUCUAGGCCGUAAAAAACGAUCUGGGUCAGAAAGUACUUGUAGCAGUGAACAGAGCAGCAGCCAUGGUGGUAUCAGCACCCAGAAUACACUCCUAGCCAUGGACACGUCAGUAUCCAACCGUUUCCGAAACUUAGAUGAUCCCACCCUUGCCAUGAGGAUAGAUGAAGCUCAGAUCACUGACCCCGACUCACUCUGGCGUAGGAAGAAUUUCAGCAAAAUGAGUUGUGGUUAUAUCAACGAGCUUGGAAGAUUUGAGUCGGAUCUUCAGCCAGAGCCAGACCGUAAGACCGAGUCUAAAAUAUCGAGAACACUAAAGAAAUUUGUCAACAUGGAUGAGGAUAAGGUUAAAGAAGACAUAGCAUACAAAGUUGCAGAGAUGAUCAUUAAGGACGUUACCAGCGUGACCCUCGGCUCCCAGCACAGUAGUAGGUCUAGUGUGGAGUUCUCGGCUCCUCCACUUUCUCCAUCCUCAGUCUCUCAAGAUAAUCUCAGUGAUGUCUUCCCCUCAUGAUGGGAAGCAGUAUUUCUAUUAAUUUUGCACAUUAUCUAAAACUUUCCAUUUCUAUUGUGAAUAUCAUAUUGCCUCACCAUGCAGUACUCAUCUACUACACUAUGUUGGCAUAAAGGUAAAGGUUUGUCUUGGUAUUCUCCGACUUGUUUUUAUUAAUCUGAGACAGGUGAGUGUGCUUGUUAAUAAGACAAUGAUAUUUCCAUCAGCUUUUGAGUCUAUGAUAAACGUUUUUAAUGCUUCCCUUUCAUAACUACAACACAGUGUAGCAGAUGCUGCACUACCUUUUUUUAUAAAACUCAUUUAUUUCUCAUUCAUAUAAGAUGUUGAGUAAUCAUUUAGAAAAUGUAUAUACUGUAUACUUAUCAUUCCGACGUCAGCCUUUAACGUGCGGUGUAAUAGGAAAUUAUGGAUAAUCAUAUUUUUAUUCUUUCACUUGAAGGUUAAGAUAUUGGUCACCAAAGUAAGGAAAAAUAACAAGGCAAGAUAGCAGAGUAACCAAGUACAGUACAAUACACCACAGUUUUGUUAACCAUUGGUUUAUUAUUCAGAUAAUCUUGCCAGUUUAAGUUGCCCAUAUGGUACAGUAUAUCUAAGAUGUCGUCUUUAAUAUUUUCACGUGUAAUAAUGUGUAAAAAUCUCAAAGCUUCAGUUUAAAAUUCUUAACAUGUUUUGAUGACUAAUCACAAUCAAGAAAAAGGCUUAAGAGUUUUAUACAGCCUAGUUGGAUGCAUAGUUACAGGUACAUUCAUGCACAGGUGCACAUGUGCCCCUUUACCUAAGAUGCCAAAGUCAGUCUUACAUACUGUACUAUACAGUAUUGUAUUAUGUUCACAUUCAUUUAUCAGAGGAGGUUUUUAUGGAACAGUAAGACAUUGAGGUGAUUUUAGUAAAAAAAAAAAUUGGGGGGCAAUAAUUUCAUCUUUUUAUCAUAAAAUAUUAUCCAAAGAAUGAAUGAGGUGGAGUGUGUAACUAAAGUAAAAAUGAACAAAUGAGUUUGAAUGUGUGUUUAUAAUCUUGUGUAUAAUAUGUAUAUAGGAAAUUAUAUACUACUGUAUAUACUCCAGUUUUAGUUAAUGAUCUGAAAAUAAAGAUCAAGAACAUAACUUUAGUUUGUUAUAUGUUUGAGGAUUUGAUAAUAGAGAGAUUAGCCAGUGGAGAUACUGGUUUGUUUCUCAGUCAGGGAACAAACCAUCUCUCUUCUACAACUGGCACGUAUCAGCAUUAAGUAGAGCUAUUUAUAAUAUAUAUACAGUAUGAACAAAGUGAUUAGUGGAUAUAUUCUUAUUAUAACUUGUUAGAAUUAAUGGUAGUGAGGUGUACAUUUCCAGAACAUAGGUUGUAAGACCUGCCAAAGGUAUCUCUAGAUACAAAACCAAUGUUGCUUUAUUGUUACUCUACCAAGGCUUGUAUUGUUAAGAUUUGAGGGAUCAUUUUAGGGGUUCAAAAAUAGAACAAUACUGAUUUAUUCAUAGAGCUUGUUUGUGUCACUGAUAUCGGGGUUAUGUCAACUUAAAACCCGUGAACUGACCCUUAAAUGUAUAUAAAUUGACAUGAGUUGGGGAUAUAUAUUUAUUUCUCCAACCAAGGUAAAUUUUUGUACAUGUUUAAAGGUCAGUUCAGGGGUUCAGAGUUGUCAUAACACCGAUUUUUAAGCUCAUGGACACAUUGUAGACAUCCUUACACACACACAGGCUCCAGUAUUGUUCUACUUUUGAAGCCCUGACAAUACCUUUUGGAUGUGUUCUGUACAUUUCACCAACUCACUACAGGUUCAACUUGAAAUUCUAUCAGUGAAGUGACCCAAAGGUAUGUACAGUCCCCCAAGAAUGUAUCGUUAGUCAUGGGGUCGAUGUGAUUCGAGGCUUUCUGAGCAAUGUUACUUGACCUGUUUCUGAACAAUUGGUAGUUCUACAUCCGCGAACUUUUAGCAUGAAUGAGUAUACUGUAUACGUUUUGAAACGAUGUGAAUCCUCCAAGGCUUUAUAUCGUAAAUUACACGACUCUGAUUGGGUCGUAAAUGGACAUCAAUGCCAUGUCAGUCAUCAACGGGAUCUUACAUUGAAUGGAAUGAGGAAUUAUCAGGGAGACAUCGCAAGAUGUGCUAUCAUGCCCUUCACAACAAGGGUAUACGUAACGCUAAGAUAGCAUGACCAACUGGGGUGAGCGAACUCACAGUAUCAAGAUGAGUUAGGCACCAUGAAACAACUGCUGCCACACUGAAACUUACAACCAUAAAUGUUUUACUACAGGUGGACAGGGGGUUCUGUUGCCUUCAAGUCCCUUGAUGUUAAACCAAUGCGAUUUACAUAUCAGUAACAUGGCAGAUCCCAUGUAGACCGAUAUGUUGUAUAUUGCUGUAGCUAUUCACUUGAAUAUCAAGUACUAUUUGCUGAGUCACUCUUCAUAAAGCAGACAUAUUGUGAACAAUAUGAGUAGGCAUAUUGUGAAACUUAGCAUGAAUGAAACUUUGUUAUUAAAAUGUCAUAAUGGUGAAAUGUCUAUUUUGAGGUCUGUCUCAGUCUCAGUUAUGAUAUUCCAAAACAUUUCCAUUUAAUGUAUAUUUCAGUGUUAUUGUAAUCAUCAGUCAGUGGCUUGAUUACAUAUGCCUUGCUUCUUCCCAUUAUGAUUCAUACAAUAAUAUAGCUUUAUGAGUUCUUGUUAUAUUGAAGUGUCUAGUAUGCCAUACAAGGACAACACCCCCCCCCCCUAUCCUACCUCCAUCUCUAGCUGUUGUUGAAAUGGUGAGCAGGCUUACCAACUUAUAAUGAUGCACUGGGGGUCAUAUCAAAGCAUUUCGUCUAGUGUUUCAGAUUGUAGCGAUGGAAAAUCUAAAUACUUUUUGGGGACUGUACAUAUAGUUAAAUAUCUCGGUGAAACAGCUUUGUCAUUCUGCCCUUGUACUGUACUGUAUAAGCCACAUGCAAAGUCUUGACUGGCAUAUCUUCACGCAUGUCUAUAUCUGGCCACCACUCGAGGGCCUUUAUCACCUUUUCUUAAAUUUAAGUGAGUGAUACAUAGAAUCUCCAAAUAUUUCUGUUGCAUUAACUAAACUAUUAAGUACUCAGCAGUAAUCCCCUAAGCUUUGCUCUACAAUUACUGACGUUUGAUAACAUUAAAGAAAGUGAUGGAGUGUCCACCUGAACUUAUAUGUAAGAAUGCGAGAGAAGAAUAAUUGUUAUCUGUGAUAGUACACGAGGUAGGGGGAGGAGUUGGAUAUAGAUUGACAAGAGUGAACAAGUAUUUACCAUAACUACAUCAGUGUAAGCCAAAAUAUGUCGAGUGAAUGAUUUACGGAGUUAUUCAGGAUAAAGAUUCUCAAAGGUUCAUGCAGUACAAGUAAUUUUCCUUGUAACUGAAAAAUUAAGACUGCAACUUACUGGUUGACUGAAGUUAAAAUACAAAAAUAACCUCACAAUCUACUGUUCUUUGAAUGAACUUUUGAGGAUCUGGAUUCAGGGUUUGUAUUCAUGGAGAAAGCUGAUAAAAAAAGACAAAGCUGAAAUGGUAAACACGACAGUGAAAUUAAACUAUUAACCCUCUCGCACAGGCACUAAUCUUUUAAGUUUCCGUGACCACAACAAAAGUCACAUAGGACCACUUACAUGAGGUCUGGCCUUCUACGUUCUGCAGUCAAAUUACCCACAAGAUCUUUUGUUUUCACGAUUUAUACAUCAGCAGAAAAAGUAAGAUGGGAAUAAGACUAUUUUUUCACUCCAAAUAAAGAAAAAAAAAGUGUUCCCAGCGUCAUAUCUCAGACCUACCAAAUUAUACAGUUUUAGAAGUGGAAUUUUAUGAGCUUUCCAACAGUAGCUUUGGAAUUUUGAUAUGAAUAAUAGUGGGGAGGGUGGGAGUGGAGAUAAAGGGACAAACGCCACCUACCAGCACUGCUGACGGGAGGAAACUGAUCGACAGCGAAACUCCACCAGCGUUUUGGUACUUUCUAGAAGUUUCCCUCACAAGAUCAUACAAUCAUCUAUGACACACGAAAAUUUGGCGCAAUUAUCUUUUUCUUUUUAGCUUAAUGAUGCAAUUCACAUCAGCAAUGCAAAUAGUUCUACCCAAUGAUUUAGCCCAAUUUGUAUCAUAAUGCGCAACAGGGUUAAGGCUUAAACUAUGUAGAGGGUGUCACAUAGGUCCCCCACCAUAGGAAAGUUAUUUUUUUUUCCUUAUUCAUUUGAGGGAAUCAUAACAAAGACAGCAAACAAAUUAACACUAGAAGGAAGAGUCUGUUUAAUAUUGAUGUAUGGAAGCCAGAUGCUACACACAUGCAAAGAAUUUUUUUAUGAACAACACCUGUAUCCCUGGAUGUUGUCCAUUAAAUUAUUUUGCACCUGAUUGGUGUGCUGUCUGUUGAUUUUUUACGAUUCCCUCAAUUAAAUAAGAAAAAAAAACUAAUAUUCCUUUGGUGGGGGACCUACAAGACCCUGUACAAUAGUGUUUGACUGCCAGGCUGCCAAAAUUACCUUGGGCUGUAAUAUAAAUGUAGCUAAGAAAACUAUUACAAUAUUGGUAAAUAUAUCUUCACAUGGUAGCGAUCCCAUAGUUGGAUGAAAAUAAGAUCUACUUACAGUGCCCAUCAAAAAUAUGUAUUUCAAGUAGUGAAUGUGGUUGGAAUGUAGAGGACAACCCCUUACAACCUGUGAACUUGACUAUUUGAGCAAAGGUAAUGGCUGAGGUUUGAUAUUAUUUGUAUCUUUUAAAGAAAACUUUGUUAAUUUUUUUUUAACUUAUUGUAGUUUACAUAUCAUUAUACUGUUGUGCCUAUCAAAUGAACUGGAACUUUUGUAGUCAUUUGUUCUAUCAGUUUGGUUUUAGACCUUUGUCUGGCUCUGUGCUGCUCUUGUACUAUCAAGUAACUCAAUGGGUUGAAAAUGCAUUAACCCUCAACUUGUGACUGAAAGGAAUUGUUUAAAUUGUUUGCACCAGCUAUCUAUAAAGUCGUUACCAUCAAUGUUUACAGCCAUUUUGGAUUAAAGGAUUAUCACUUAAGGCUGAAAGUGUGCUAUGCAAUCCUCACUUUGUUUUGGUUACACACUGUCAUUUCUUGGGUUGGUCCUCAGUUUGCCUCACCUUGUGGAAGGGGUUCCCAGUGAACCACAGAACUAGUUACAGUAUCAGGUUGUGGAAGAGAGUGACUUUCAUGUCUAGUUAGGUGGGAUUGCCAGUCAAGCCCAGUGUUCUUUGGUUGAUAGUGUUAGUGGAGGAGUAAUGCUUUCUCCUCCCCUGGGUUGGCUACAUGCACUGUAAUCAUAUCAGAACUCACCGAUGAAAAUAUAGUAAGAAAAGAAACAUCAAAACAAAUAACGCGGCAGCAGGUGUCUCGUCUAUGUUAACAAAAAGUACUUAAAUUGUAAUUAAAAUCAAAAGUUGUUGCCUCUUAAAUUAUUUACAAAAUGAUAAAAAAAUAAAAACAUCUUUCGUAAAAUGGACGGAAUUGAACAACUUCUAUCCACCCAGUUAUGGCCUGCACCUAUCUUAGUCACCCUAUCCACCCAGUUAUGGCCUGCACCUAUCUUAGUC